GAAGAGAAGACAUUCCUCCCUCCCCUCCCCCUCACUAUCUGUCCAUCUUCAUCCAGCCCUUUCUUUCAUGGAGAGGAAUUAUACCGCUGCAGGCUUUGGAGAUCUAGGGGCUGGGACGGGAUGGACUUACGACAGAUCGGCCAAAGCAAGCCUCGUGUAUGGGAGCUCCAGGUCGUCCCACCCAGACUCAGAGCUGCUCCAUCGGCAAGCCUAUGGCACCCCCCACCCCCUCCAGAGCUAUGCAACCAACCACCACCCAGGAAGCCCCAGACAGGGUGGGGCCUGGGGUGCUGCUGGACGCACACUUGGCCUGUCGGGGCUGUUUGAUGCCGGCCUCCACCAUCCCAGCCCCUCGGGUCCUGACCCCUCCGUCAUGAAUCUGAUUUCAGCUCUGGAGUCCCGGGGUCCACAGCCCCCACCCUCUGCUUCCUCCCUCCUCUCACAGUUUCGUACUCCCUCUUGGCAGAGUGCAAUGCACACACCAGCCCCACCGGAGCUCUUUAUUUCAGGGGCACUUCCGGGUUCCAGCUCCUUCCCCUCCUCCUCAGCCCUCUCUGCAUACCAGCAUCCUGGCUCCUUCUCUGGAAGAUCUUUCACUCCCUCACUAUCCCUGCAGGAUGCACCUACAUUUAGCCCAACUUCCAAUGGUUUGCUAUCCCCCCAUGAUCCCCUGCUGCAUAUCAAAGCACCCUCCCAAUCCAGCUUGGGCUUUGAUCGCUUACUGUCUUCCCAAAGUGCCACCUACCGGGGCUCCCAGGAGCCCCCGACCCCUCCUCAGACCCAGGCCCCUUCCACCUCUUCCAGCUGUCACCUGCCCCCUCCCCAGUUCAACCUGUUAUCCUCCCAGCUCCACAACCAGUCAUCCCAGCUCUAUAAUGCGUCCAUGUUCUCCUCCACACCAGCCCUGCCGCCUGUGACCCCCCCUCAGCCACCACCUCCUCCAGAGAGGGCCGUUUCCCGGCAGGACAGUGUGAUCAAGCAUUACCAACGUUCGUCCCCUGCCCAGUCCACACCACUUCCCCUACAGCAAUAUGUCAGCUGUGGUGGGUCGUCAGGCUACCAGCAGAUAGCCAGCCACCACCGCCAUGCUGGAGUGUCCUGCAGUCCCCUGGGGGAGCAGAGCCCAUCCUCUGACCCCAAGCCCUCUCCACGGAUGGAAUCCCACACAUAUCGACCUAUCAUCCAAACACCUUACACAUCCUCAUCAUCCAGCUCCUCAGCGUCCUCCUCCUCUGGCACUAAAGGAGCCAAGAGUUCCAGCUCCAGCAGUGGUUACUCCUCCUCGGGUUCAGCAUCAUCCUCUUCCCGUACCCCACACACUCCACCAUCAGCCUCCUCCACUUCCUCUUCAUCCUCUUCGAGCUCCAAGACAAGCACUGGCGCCCUGUCUGCUCCCUCUCGUCAGCAGCCCCCACCUCAGUCUGUGUCAGCUCCACCUCCUCUACCAGUGGUGUCAUCCACCCUUGUUCAGCCAGCACCCAAACAAUGCCUCUCCACAUAUGGCUCUCCACCUGUGGCCAAUUCUAGCACGGGCCUACCAGAUCAUACCCCACCCCAGCAACAUGCCCAGUCCUAUUCUCCCAGCCAGCCUCCACCUGCACACAUGGCCCAGUCUUAUGGAGGCUUCAACUCACCUCAUGCCCAGGACCUGAGCUCGGGAGCAGGGGGCACUGGAGGGAAGGCCUUCACUGGUAUAGGCACAGGAGGACGCUCAUUCUCUGCAGAGGUAGUCUUUGGGGACUCAAGCUUUGGCUCAGCCUCUCUCAGAAGAGCAAGUAGUCCUUCCUUAGGGUAUGGGACUGCUGGAGGAUCAACAGGAAGUGGACCUGUAUCAGGAGCUGCUGCACUUGGUAAUGGAAUUGGGUCUGCAGGAUCAGGGAGCGGGGCUGCUAACGUUGGUAAUGGGGGCAGCAGCUCUUACCACCUGCCUGAGUCUAGUCCCUCGCCCUCCAUCAAUUCUACUAUCAGUCGCCCUGGAUUGCACUCUCCUGCUGCUGCUCGCCCUGCACAGUCCCCUGGAGGCUCGGGAGCCUCCAAAUAUUUAUCCUCCAUCCUCUCUCCUGCUUUUAUGUCCUCGCCACAAGGUUACUCUGACACACGGCAAGCGCAGAGCCAGUCCUACCACUCAUCACCACCGAAGCCAAAAACGGAGACAAACAUGCUGGGAGUAGAUCGGUCCCAGGAUGAGGACGAGGAUGAUGACGAUUUCCUCAUCCAUCACUUACUUCAUGCCCAGAGCUCGACUCCCCAUCCUUCCCAGCAUCAUGCACCUCCUCAGCAACUGCCCCAGCCACUCCCACAGAGUAGGGAUGGGGAAAGCAAAGGGGUAGCCUAUGACAUGAACAAAAUCUCAGAAGAGCGCUACCAUCUUCAGAGCGUCAUUCGUACCAAUAACACUGCCAGCAGUUCAGGUCCAGGAACAGCAAUUGUGGACACAGCAAGUGGCUUAAACACUCAUUUGGAAGUAUCACAGAAGAAGCAGCAGCAGACUAAGUCAGAGUUGGCCAUAUCAAAUACCACUGCUGGAGGGCUAGGAGGGGUCUCUGACUCUCUUUCCCACUCCCAUCAACAACAGCAUGAUGCCAUGGGGUCUGUGGUCCAUUAUGGAAGAGGGGACCCCUUCGCACAGCACCCACACUCCCAGCAUUCCCAUCACACCUCACAUGUGCCCUCACACUCUCAGCAACACCCUCGUCACACUCAAAUCCCCCAGCACGCUCAACACUCACAGCACUCUCAACAUUCUCAGCAUGGCCAUCCCCAUUCCCACUCACACAGCCAUCCUCACAUGGAAUUGAAGAAAACUUCAGAUCCAAAUGACAAUGCGUACUUGUGUAACACACCAGAUGUGCAGCAGACUCGACAAAGUCAGGUCCCCCUCUCUUUGAUGGAUUCAUCGCCAGACCCUCCGCAUCAAACUCACAUGCUGCAAUCUGUUCUUUCCCAUACCACCCGUACCAAGAUGGACCCCCAGCAAGCCCCUCAACAGCAACAGCAGCAUCCUUUGAGCCAGCAGGCCAUGAUGGGGUCAGCUGGUGGAGCAGGGUCUGCAGGGGUGGAAUCCCACCCACAGAACCAGUCCUCACAGUUGCAACUCCAGCUCCAGACUCAGACUAUAGAUACCCACUACAGCACUGGAGCCCAGGCAAGAGAUCAAACCCGAGCCAGUCAGAACUCAAUGUCUCCGCUGGACAUGCUAGACCAGUCUCUUUCCCGGACGAACAGCAGAGACAGUGGAGGAGCUCUGGAAAGAACUGGGAUUGGGGUGACUGUUACAGGAGGGGAGGGAGGUACAGACAGGCAUAGACAGCAGCACAGACUUACACCCCACCACCUUCCUCAACAAACAGCCUCAGACCUCCAUGACUUCCUCUCUGAACCAGAUUUGGGCUUGUCCACUCCCUCACACAUGCAUCACCUCAACCAGCCUCAGGCUCAUGCUCACCCUCAUGGCCACCACCAACAGCAAGCACAUGCUCACCAUCAGCUGUCACAUUCUCAGUUAGCUCACCCACACUCCCACCAGAUUGGUGCAAAUAUGGGGACUCCCCAACAACAACAGCAACCGCCCCAACCAAGAGAGCCUGAGACCCAGUUAUCACACUCCCAGUUAGACCAGCUUAAACAGCACCAGUAUGACACAGUGAGCCCAGCGGGUAAAGUAGGACCGAAUCAAGCUCAGCAGCAGAGGUUUGCGACUCUGACAUCGAUCUGCUUUCCAGACUCUCUCUUAAACGAUGAAGAUCGCUCUUUCUUUCCUGAGAUGGAGGACAUGUUUUGUUCAGCUGAUUAUAAAUCAAGCUGUGCUGGGGAUUCUGGGGCAGGACAGGCUGCUCAAGAAAGCCUUACCCAGGGCCAUGGGCAGGGUCAAGAGGAUAUGGAGGCCUUAAAAACAGGAGGUGCUGGGGAGGGCUAUGAUAUGGUUGGUCACCAUAGUGAACAAGGCUAUGGACAGUACUGCCACAACCUUCCAGGAACAGGAAAUGGCAAUCUGCACUUAGACCUUGACUCUAUGAAGACCCACGAGCUUCCAUCUACUGUGAAUACUGACCAACUCGGCCUCAUCCACUCCCAGACUCCCGCUAUGGGAUUGGGUUUAGCAGGUCAAGGGGAUGGCACAGUCAACAAGAUGAUGGGAGCUGUGGGAGUGGGUGGUUCAAGCGCCACCGGUCUGACCUCACCCAUCUUCUGCUCCUCACGACCCAAGAAGCUACUAAAGACCAGCUCGUUUCACUUGCUCAAACAGCGGCGUGAGCCACAACCUCAAACAAAGAAAAACUAUGCUCAGGAGUAUGAAUUUGAAGACGAUGAGGAUAAAGCUGAUGCUCCAGCUGAUAUUCGCCUCAACAGUCGACGCCUUCCUGACUUGCUCCCUGAUUUGGUGUCUAGUUGUAGGAAGGCUGGUGGGGCAUCAGGAGUAAGUGGGCUCAGUCCACUGAUGGGUGACAUGGACUUCUGCCAUCCCACCAACUACUCCACCCUUGGACACCCUCCACAACUCGUUCCCCAUGAGGGCCCCAAGAAAAGAGGCAGGAAGCCAACUAAACCAAAACGUGAAGGCCCCCCUCGCCCACGAGGUAGACCCCGCAUACGUCCUCUGCCAGAGCCUCCUUACUGCAAGGGGCUGACGGGAUCAGUGACCGGAGAAAGCAGGAGGGGUCGUGGGCGUGGUCGAGGGCGGGGCAGGAGGGAGGAAGGGUUUGUGGAAAUGCAUCGAGACAUGAACAAAGCACAAAGCCUCCCAUAUCAUCAUCAGCAGCAGCAGCAGCAACGACAGCAACAGUUCAGCCAACAGCAGCAUCUCCAGCAUCACAGACCGCCGGCAGACCACCACCAAGCACCACCACCACAACAGCAACCACAGCAUCACCUCCAUCAUCAUCAUCAGCAGCAGCAGCAGCAUGUUUCCUGUCCUCACCAACAACCACAUCAUCAUCAACAACAGCAGCAGCAGCAACCAUCCCAGCAGCCACCGCAAGAUCCAAUCAGACCGAUCAAGAUCAAACUGCCCGUUCCCUCCAUGCCUCCGUCCGAAUCCUUGCUGAGGACGGACUCGCUGUCCAGCACCGAGCCAGUUCUGUCCGAUGGGUCGGUGGGCUCAGCGCCGUCUCUGGGCCUGAGUCCUGGGCCCAGCACCACCAUGGAAAUCGGCAGAAAUGAGAUGAACCAGACGCAAGACAAGAUGAUGAAGCAUGAGCAGAAAGAUGGAGAAAUGACGUGGAAGAAAGACAUGGACGAUCCUCUGAAUCCUGAAGCCUGGGCUGCUAUUCAGAAACUCUCCACCUCAGCUGAUGAGAAGACCUUCGACUUCAAACCUGGAUUCAUGGCGUCUUUUUUGGACUUCCUGAAGACGGGCAAAAAACAGCCAGGCCUCGACCCGGGACAUGAUGGAGGAGAGCAGGAGCCCCUAAACCCCUGCUCAGCUCUGAAGGGAGGGAUCAGGCCCUUAUCCUCAUCUCCUCCUCCACUACCGCCAACUCCUCCUCCGCCGCAGCCUCCAGGAACGUUCAGUGAGGGGGGGCAGGGGGAGGGCGAGGACCUGGCUCUCAGCAACUGCCCAAGUCCCUGCAAGCCUCUGGACGAGGAGCUGAAAAGGAACCUAGAAACGCUGCCCUCCUUCUCCUCUGACGAGGAGGACUCUGUGAGUAAGAACCAGGACCUGCAGAAGAGCAUCUCGUCUGCCAUCUCUGCCCUCUACGACACCCCGCACUCUCUGGCUGCUGCAAUGGCUUCCGCAAUGGUCAAAGUCCCGCCCACCCUGUCCCCGCCUACCCCGCAGGAGCCGCCGCUCAGCCCCCCUCUCCCCGCCAUGCCUCCCCUCAUCCCCAGCAUGGAGAAUGGAAAAGAGGAGGCGCUCACGUACGCUCAGCAUGGCACGCAGGACGAGGACGAGCAAAACGUGGUCUCCCCGCGGUCAAACAGAGAGAAAUCAGAGGAGGGGGAGCCUGAGCGAGGAGGAGAGGAGGAAGAAGAAGAAGAAGAAGAAGAGGAGGAGGGAGGAGGAGAGGAGACAGCAGACGAAGAAAUGAUGAGAGAUCCACAGAAUCUGCAGCCGGGAGCCCUGGAAGAGCCGGAGGAAGAAGAUGACAGGAUGUCCGAAAUGCAGAUUUUGGAGGUUCCUAAGGUUGAAGAUUCUCCGUCAGGACCUCUGCUUGCUCCCUCACUUCCAUCCCCAUCACCAUCCAUCUCCCCCUCACCACCCACCUACUCUUCGCCCUCGCCCCUCCCUCCCCUGUGUCUCUCUGUACCCUCCCCUCUGCCGAUCCAGCAGGAUGAGGAGGAGGCGAGUCCGGCGUACCCUCUCUCUGAGCCGCAGCAGCAGCAGCAGCCACCCUCCUACCAGCCCCCUCCAACUGCGGGCACCUCCCCGCCCCCCUCCACCUCCCCUCCGGCCACCCUUUCCUCGCCCCUCUCCAACCUUCCCCUGGGCCAGUCUAUCCCCCCUCCGUCCACCACUCCUCCGCCAUCAUCCUCUGAUCAGGACCAGGAACCUGAGGCUGGGCAGCCUUCCCCCUCUUCACCCUCCUCUUCUUCGCCCUCUUCGUCGUCAUCUCCGCCACCAUCACCGCCAACCCCCGAAGAGACCCCAGCAUCCCAGCGCCUUACUUCCCUCCACCUGGCAAAGAAGCAGGCCGACGCCGCCAUCGCUGGGCAGAGCGAAGAGGAGGACAGCGAGAGCGGAGGCGAGGGAAUCUUCCGCGAACGGGACGAGUUUGUGGUCCGAACUGAGGACAUCGGGACUCUUAAGAUGGCCCUGCAGACAGGCCGGGAGCCUCCACCCAUCUGGAGGGUGCAGAAGGCCUUGCUCCAGAAAUUCAGCCCAGAGAUCAAAGAUGGUCAAAGGCAGUUCUGCGCAACCAGUAAUUAUCUGGGUUACUUCGGUGAUGCCAAAAUGCGCUACCAGCGUUUGUAUGUGAAGUUCUUGGAGAACGUCAACAAAAAAGAUUAUGUCAGAGUAUGUUCCAGAAAGCCGUGGCACAGAGCCGGUCUCACCCUCAGGCGACAGUCACUACCUAAACAGCUGCCCUCCAUCCACAAUCAGACCCCACCCCGAGUGGAGAGGGACGACAGAGACAAGGAGAGACAGAAGGAGCGAGAGCUGAAGGAGCAGAGGGAAAGAGAAAAGGAGCAGAGAGAGAGGGAGCACAGGGAGAAAGUGGAGAAGGAGCAUAAGGAGAGAGAGAGGAGAGAGAAAGAGGAGAGAGAACAAAAAGAGAAGGAGAAACAGGAGAGGGAGCAGAGGAUGAGGGACAGGAAGGAAAAAGAGAAGGCAGAGAGGGAAAAAGAGGACAGAGAGCGGAAGAAGAGCGAGCGCAGGGAAAAGGAGAAAGAAACGGGGUUUGAAAAGGAGAGGGAGAGCGAAAGAAGGGACAAGGAGCAGAAAGAGAGGGAAAAAAGAGAGAGGGAGCAAAAGGAGAGGGAACUGAAGGAGAGAGAGAGGAGGAACAGGGAGCAGAGGGAGAAAGAGAAACAGGACAGGGAGCGUAAAGAAAGGGAGAGACAGGAAAGAGAGUGGAAAGAGAGGGAAAGGCAGGAGAGGGAACGAAAAGAGAGGGAGUGGAAGGAGAAGGAACAAAAGGAAAGGGAGAAACAGGGGAGGGAGCAGAAAGAGAAAGAAAACGAGAGGGAGCAAAGUGAGAGAGAGAGGCAGGAGAGAGAGCAAAAAGAGAGGGAGAGGAGAGAUAAGGAGAGGGAGAAGAGAGAAGUGGAGCGGAGAGAGAAACAGAGAGAGCAGAAAGACAGAGAACAGAGGGAGAGUGAAAAAGAGAGGGAGAAGGAGGGAAAGGAGAGGGAGAAGGAGAAACAAAGGGACACGGAUAAGGAGAAAAGGGAGAGAGAGGAGCGAGAGAGGAGGGACGACACAGUGGAGUUUGCGAGACUGAAGGAGGACAAGAGAUCAGCUGAGAAGAAGGUGGAGCAUCAGUCCAGAGCCAAGACGGCGAAGGACAAGGCAGAGCCUCCUCCCAAGAAGAGGAAGAAGUGGCUGAAGGAGGUGCCAUCCUCCUCCUCUGAGUCCGACUCCUCCCCGCCCAGUGAUGAUGAAGGGCCCGUGCGGGGCGGAGUUAACAGCCGAGCCAUGAGGGAGAUGUUCAGGAGCUAUGUGGAGAUGCUGGUCAGCACAGCGCUGGACCCUGAUAUGAUCCAGGCUCUGGAGGACACUGAUGAUGAGCUGUACCUGCCCCCCAUGAGGAAGAUUGACAGCCUGCUGAGUGAACAGAAGAAGAGGUUGUUGAGGAGAGUCAACAUGAGCGCUCAGCACCAGGAGGCUUUACAUAUAUUCCCCAAAAUGACGGCAGACCCGCUGGAAUCUGGAGCUGUCAGAGUUCAUCUCGGAGGGGAGGGCUACAACCGCAAAACUCUCAACCGGGUCAAGAGGAGUAUUCCUAAGCAACAGGAUCUGAAGCUUUCGAUUGAAACGUGCCGGAUCUACAGUCUGUAUCAUUCCCUCCACCACUACAAGUAUCAUACCUUCCUGCACUGUAAGAAGGAGACGGACAGUAUUGAGCAGGCAGCGGAGGACCCCGGCCAGGAGGAGGUGGUUCAGCAGUGCAUGGCGAACCAGGGCUGGCUGGAGAGUCUCUUUAACUCCUUCAUGGAACUGCUUAGCCUCAGUGCCAAGGCCUGAAGGAGGACCGCUGCCCCCAGCCAGCACUCAUCCACCCAAACGGUAUUUAAGCAGACAGAGGCGUCCAGAGUUUGGGUAAAAAAACAAAGGAGUGACACUACAGAAACUGUUCGGGUGCUCGCAGAGCGAAGGUUUCCCGGGCGCGGUUGGUUUGUUUCGGUGGCAAGUUUGACUUUUAAAGUAUUUGUUUCGUUAUUGAAUCCAUGUUAAAGUACCUCUUGAUUUCCAGAAAGAAAGACAGAGGGUAGUCAGCUAUGUGAAUGUGAUGGGGUUUUCCCUCAAGAGUCCGAGACAGGGACCACAAGGUGAUUUGGUCAGCACUACAGGAGGAGGUAUUUGUCAAAACCUAAAGAAUAUUGACACACACACACACACACACAAACACAAACUGUCUAUAAAAGUAUGUAUUGAUAACUAUGGUUUGUAUAAUUUAUACAAGGACAUUUUUAAAAAUGACUGUCCUGAGAUGGGAUUGUUUGCUGUUCUUAUUUUUGAAAAAGGCUUUAAAGGGGUAUACAUUAAAAAAAUGGCCCACCCGCAAUUCUUUGCUUCUAUCAGAGCGACAGAGGUAAAACCAAGAGCCGAGACAGAAGUGAGGUUUUUAAAAGGACUAUGAGAUAGUCUCUCGUUUCUACCUGCCUCAGCGAGACGGCCUUUGGGACCGAGGGGGGGAAAUGUAUUUAAAACUAAAGCUGUGUUCUGUUUGUUUCUUCAAAAGACAAUGAGAGACGCCUGGAACGACGAGGAAGGAAAAAAAAUAAAAAUAAAAUAAAAUAAAAUAAAAGCACGACUUUCUUCAAGGAAGUGUGAGGUGAAAUGAUCCAAAAAGCAUAAAUGUCAGUGUUUAAUGUGAGUCAUUUUUAUCUGUUUGUUGUUGGUUGAUAUUUCCUAUCAUUUUGGCCUCUCUGAGGAUAUUCUUGCCGAGCAAAUUUUUGUUGUUUUGACGUGUAAAUAUUGUACAGUUCCCUUCAUUCUCUAGUUCCCAGUUGCUCUUCUGUACAUGA